UGGGUGGUAGACAUAAAAAAAGUAACAUAGCACUGUUGAAUUAUUUAUUGUAAUAUAUAUUAAAUACUUACAUUUUUAAGCCCAUUCCAAAGAUAAGUGCUAAUUAACUUACAAAUUCACUGCAGUAAUAUUUGUGACACUGUACAUGUGUUAAUUAUCAAUCUUUAAGUACUUGCUAUCCUGUUGGUUACAAAACUGUCAAGUACAUAACCUAUAAGAGCAACACUACAACAAUGUCAAGCUACACAGAUAUUGCCGAGUCACAGAAGUCACUGGAGACAAGAGUGCAGAAGAUGCUCGCUGAAUUUGAAGCCAAGCUACACAGGUCACCGGCAGCAAAGGCGACAGUCACCAGUCUUAGUGAGGAAUUUUCAAUUUUUAAGGAGCAAAUAUUGAGCUUGAUGAAACUUCUUGGGAACCAGAUUAAAAGCCUUAGCCACGCUCAGGAUGUUAUGGAGAUGAGACAUCGGAGAAAGUAUCUACUCUUCAAUGGUGUUCCAGAGGAUCCGGCCGAAACUGUAAGUUUGCGCAUCGCUGACAUUAUUACUGACCAAUUAAAAAUCUCCGGUGUCUCGACUGCUUCAUUUAAAGCAUGUCACCGACUUGGCAAGCCAUCUGAGGGUCGCAACAGGCCUAUUCUUGUGAGGUUCACUGAUAUGGACCUAAAGUCAACUGUGUGGCAGAAGAAGACCUCUUGUAAGGGAACCACAUACGCCAUUUCUGAGUUCCUUACGCCUCAGCGGCAAGCAUUGUUUGUGCAGGCACGUAAGGCUUUUGGGAUGAGAAGUUGCUGGUCCAUUGGUGGCAACAUCUUUGUAAAGUUGACCUCGGGCAGGCGUGAACGCAUUGAAUCGAAUGAAGAUGUUGAGCGCCUGAAGCCUCUUAGCGACAACCAGCAGCCUCGUUCGUCGUCGACGCCUGACUCCGGCGCUGCUGGUGCGAAGAAUGCCGAUGCCGUCUUAGAUGUCCCCAGCAACCAGACCGGCCGCCCCCGGCGUGCCGGGAAGUCAUAAUUUCUAAGUUUGUAGUGUGUUGUAUUCAAUUUUUCUCCUGUUUCCUUUUUUAUGUUAUCUUCACCAUGGCAGUAGGUAGUUCAUAGUCCAUUUGUUAAUAUUGUCAUCUUACCCGUUUUUUUUUUAGUUAUAAUUUCAUUUGUUUUUGCACACACUUCACACUAGCUGGUCUGACAGUGACAUUGACAUUUUUGACGUCAGUUUAGUCUGGAGAGUUUGAGUCAAUGUUUAAACCGUUUCUGUUUACUACAAUAGUAUGUUUUGUCAUUAUAAUCGUGACCUGCUGCCAUUUAUGUAAUUUUACUUUGUUU